GUGUGUGGGGAGGGGAGAGAGCUGCAGAAGUUUUGCGACUAGACUUCCCUGAGCAGCGCAGCCAUGGAGCGGGGAGAGAGCCGGGCCCCGGGGGCCACACUCCUCUGCCUCCUGCUGCUGCUGGCUUCCUUGGCUGCCCGGGGUGCCCCGGAGGUCUCCAUCCUAGAGGAGACUCGGCUGUUGGCGGCUCAUAUGCAGAGGCUGGCGGCGGAGGAGCUGGGAGUCCGCACCAUGCAGAGAAUAUUCGACUCUUUUGCGUACACAGAGAAGAUCUCGAACGGAGAAAGCGAGGUUCAGCAGUUGGCCAAGAAGAUACGGGAGAAGUUUAACCGUUACUUGGACGUGGUGACUCGUAACAAGCAAGUAGUGGAAGCUUCAUAUACGGCGCAUCUGACAUCACCAUUAACGGCCAUCCAGGACUGCUGCACCAUCCCGCCUUCCAUGAUGGAUUUCGAUGGUAAUUUUAAUACCAACGUUUCCAAAACGAUUAGCUGUGACCGACUUUCUACGACUGUCAACAGCAGAGCCUUCAAUCCUGGGAGAGACUUAAAUUCAGUUCUUGCUGAUAACCUGAAGUCCAACCCCGGUAUUAAAUGGCAGUACUUUAGCUCCGAAGAAGGCAUAUUCACCGUGUUUCCGGCGCACAAGUUCCGGUGCAAGGGAAACUACGAACAUCGAAGCCGGCCGGUCUACGUGUCCACGGUGCGGCCGCAGCCGAAGCAUAUUGUUGUCAUCGUGGACCACGGGGCUUCCAUAACCGAGACCCAGCUUCAGAUCGCAAAAGACGCCUCGCAGGUUAUCCUAAACUCAAUCGAUGAACACGAUAAGGUCUCGGUGCUGACGGUGGCAGACGUUGUGCGGACGUGCUCCCUCGACCAGUGUUACAAGUCGUUCCUCUCCCCGGCCACCAGCGAGACCAAGAGAGAGAUGGCCAGCUUUGUGGCCGGCAUAAAGUCCUCGGACGGCCCGACUCAGCACGCCCUUGGCUUCCAGAAAGCGUUUCAGCUGAUCAGGAACACCAGCAACAGUACGAAGCUCCACGCAAAUACGGAUAUAGUUAUUAUAUAUUUGUCGGCUGGGAUAACCUCAAAAGAUUCUUCGGAAGAUGAUAAAAAGUCUACCCUGCGUGUGAUACAUGAAGAGAACGCCUUAAUUAACAAUUCCGUCAUGAUUCUAACGUACGCCAUCAUGAACGAGGGAGUGACCGGUUUGAAAGAAUUGGCAUUUCUGCGAGAUCUGGCAGAACAGAACUCGGCCAAGUACGGCUUUUCGGACCGCAACGGCCUUCCGGUUACCAAGGGAAGCAUGAUGGUGCUCAACCAACUGAGCAACCUGGAGACCACCGUGGGGAGAUUUUACACCAACCUCCCCAACCGCAUGAUCGACGAGGCCGUGUUCAGUCUCCCCUAUUCGGACGAGAUGGGCGACGGUUUGAUUAUGACCGUAAGCAAGCCGUGUUACUUCGGUAACCUUUUGCUUGGAAUUGUGGGAGUUGACGUCAACCUGGCCUAUAUUCUGGAAGACGUCACCUAUUACCAAGACUCCCUGGCAUCGUACACGUUCCUUAUCGAUAACAAAGGUUACACGCUAAUGCACCCUUCGCUUACCAGGCCGUACUUGCUGUCGGAGCCCCCGCUACACACAGACAUCAUACACUAUGAAAAUAUCCCAAAGUUCGCCUUGGUUCGACAAAACAUCCUCAGCCUCCCUUUGGGCAGCCAGAUUAUUUCGGUGCCGGUCAAUUCCUCGCUGUCUUGGCACGUCAACAAACUAAGGGACCCGGCGAGAGACGCGUAUAACGUCAGCUACGCCUGGAAGAUGGUUCAGGACACGUCGUUCAUCCUGUGCAUUGUGAUGAUCCAGCCGGAGAUUCCCGUAAAACAGCUGAAGAACCUGAACACGGUGCCCAGCAGCAAGUUACUCUAUCACCGGCUCGAUCUGCUCGGCCAACCCACGGCUUGUCUUCACUUCAAGCAGCUCGCCACGCUCGAGAGUCCCACGGUAAUGUUGGCGGCCGGCAGCUUCUCCUCGCCCUACGAACAUCUGAGCCAACCAGAGACCAAGCGGAUGGUGGAGCAUUACACGGCGUAUCUCAGCGAUAACACCCGCCUUAUAGCGAACCCUGGGCUAAAGUUUUCUGUCAGGAACGAAGUCAUGGCUACGAGUCACGUCACCGAUGAAUGGAUGGCUCAGAUGGAAAUGAGCGGCCUCAACAGCUACAUUGUCCGGCGUUACAUAGCAACGCCCAAUGGGGUGCUCCGGAUUUACCCCGGCUCUCUCAUGGACAAAGCCUUUGAUCCAACUCGGAGACAAUGGUAUCUUCACGCUCUGGCCAACCCUGGCUUGAUUACUUUUACGGGUCCGUACUUGGAUAUCGGAGGCGCGGGAUACGUGGUUACUAUCAGCCACACGAUUCAUACUUCCAGCUCUCAGAUCACUGCGGGCCACGCCGUGGCCGUGAUGGGCAUCGACUUCACCCUGCGUUACUUUUACAAAGUCCUCAUGGAGCUGCUCCCGCUUUGCAACCAAGAUGGCGGCAGCAAAAUAAGGUGCUUCAUCAUGGAGGACAGAGGUUACCUCGUAGCCCACCCGACCCUCAUCGACCCCAAAGGACACGCGCCGGUGGAGCAGCAGCACAUCACGCACAAGGAACCGCUGGUUGCAAACGAUAUCCUGAAUCAUCCCAACUUCGUGAAGAAGAAUCUCUGUAACAGCUUCAGCGACAGAACCGUCCAGCGAUUUUAUAAAUUUAACACCAGCCUCGUGGGGGACCUAACGAACCUCGUUCAUGGCAGCCACUGCUCUCGCUAUCGACUGACGAGGAUCCCGGGGACCAACGCGUUUGUUGGACUUGUCAAUGAAACCUGCGACUCGCUCGCUUUCUGCGCAUGCAGCAUGGUGGAUAGACUCUGCCUCAACUGUCACAGGAUGGAGCAGAAUGAAUGUGAGUGUCCGUGUGAGUGCCCCCUAGAGGUCAACGAGUGUACUGGCAACCUCACCAAUGCUGAGAGCAGGAAUCCCAGUUGCGAGGUGCACCAGGAGCCCCUGACCUUCACGAUUCUGGACCCCAACUUACAAGACGCUCUGCCUCAGUGCGUCAACACCGGGUGCUCGCAGCGGAUGGAGAGCAGUUACUGUUUCGGGGUGCUGGAUUGCGAGUGGUGCAUGGUGGACAGCGACGGGAAGACGCAUCUAGACCAGCCGUACUGCGCUCUGCAGAAGGAAUGCUUUGGGGGGAUUGUUGGAGCAAAAAGCCCCUAUGCGGACGACCUGAACUCAAUAGGUGAUAAAGUGAUCGCUGCGAACAUGAUAAAAAGCGCCCCCGUCGGACCCGUGGCAGGAGGCAUAAUGGGCUGCAUUAUGGUGCUGGUCUUAGCGGUUUACGCCUACCGCCAUCAGAUUCACCGGAGGAGCCAUCAGCACAUGUCCCCGCUGGCAGCGCAAGAGAUGUCGGUGCGGAUGUCUAACCUGGAAAACGAUCGAGAUGAGCGAGACGACGACAGCCACGAGGACCGCGGGAUCAUCAGCAACACGAGGUUCAUAGCGGCCGUGAUGGAGCGCCACGCGCACAGCCCCGAGCGCCGGCGCCGUUACUGGGGCCGGUCGGGGACCGAAAGCGAUCACGGUUAUAGCACCAUGAGUCCGCAAGAAGACAGCGAGAACCCGCCGUGCAAUAACGACCCGCUCUCCGCCGGGGUGGAUGUCGGGAACCACGACGAAGACCUAGAGCCGGACACCCCGCCGCAAACCGCCGCUCUACUGAGCCACAAGUUCCAUCAUCACUACCGAGUCCAUCACCCGGCCCUCCACCACACUCACCACCUGCAGGCCGUGGUCACCGUGCAUUCGGUGGACGCCGAGUGCUGACGGGAUACGGACGCCCAACUCCGGUGGUGCCCUCCGAACGCCUCUCCCAAGCUGAACGCUUUCCGAGUGAAGGACCCCCUGCGGGACGUCAGACGGCAGCUCAAAGGACAACGCGUUUCGAGGACGUUGGAGACACGACCGGAUAACAGACGAUAUUUGUUUAUAAAGUUUUUUUUGUUUUGUUUUAAUGGACGAUACUCCCCGGGAGUGAAAUUGUUAAUAGUUUCGUAAAAAAACUAAAAAAAAAAAAGCAUCUCAAUUUUUAAUGAAAGGAUUAUUUUUCUACUAUUUAUUGAAUUUUCACAAACUUUAUAGACAAAGGAAAUCUUCGAUCCUUACGUAAAGUGUUAAUCCGGAGGAGAAGAGAAUCCCAGGAUCUGCAGCCGCCCCGCGCGUUAAACGUCAAACGCGUUUCCAAUCCUAUCUUAUUUUCAUUCAAACGAAGAGAACUUAUUUCUGUAACAUCCUUCAAUUAUAUUCAUUUUUAAUACUGUAUUUUUAUAUUUUUUUAUUUUUGAAGCCAAAUGGUGGGGAGAAACAAGCUUUUCACGUACACAGAGAGGCUGCUUCUGAAACCUCAUUGGUCUCCCUCCAGCCAAUAGGAAGUUGGGCCCUGUAGCCUCGGGUUCAUUGGCAUCUCUCCAGCCAAUGGGAAGCUGAGCCCGUAUAGUUGUGGGUUGUGAGGAAUCUCCCCAGCCAAUGAGACGUUGGGUCCCUGUAGCCGCAUGCUGCCAGUGGAAAUUUUGGCCACUCUAAUCUGCUUGGCAUCUCAGGAGCCAAUAGGAAGUUGGCCUCUCUAGACACAGAGUGAUUGGCAUCUCCCCAAGCAAUGGGAAGCUC